UCAGCCGGACAGCGAGAGUUGAGCGGGAGGACGAGCCGCUCACUCGCCUUCUUCGCUCCCGCGCGCUGCUUUUUAUUUUUUAUUUUGUGGUUAGAAUUGGUUUAUGUUUUACAUAAGAAGCGUCACGGCUCAGUUUCAGAGUUUGUGGUUUGUUUUCCUCUUCACGCUAGAUGGUCGUUGUCGCUCCUCUCAGCCCACGGCGGCGGAUGAGGCUCGCGCAAGUUUGAAUUUCCGAGGAUUGGGGUCUGUGUGUUUGUGAGGGGUGGCGGGGGGGAUCCUGGACCGUUCCAGCCGUCUGUGGCCCAGUGGAUGCAUGUAGUGGACAGAGGGGCGUCCGUCCGCGCGUGAGGGGCUCGAUCGCUGUCCAAAAGUCUCCAACUCCGCGCGCGUCAUCACCGUCCAAGCCCCGGGUGCCUCGAGCUCCGGGGGGGUGAGGGUCUCGACCAUGAUCUCUCUAGGAAUACUCCUCAACCUGGUCUUCAUCAGGGGUUCACUCUCCUCGGUCAUUCCUCUGUAUCCGGGCACGCUGGACUGCGUGGAGGCGGUGGAAGAGUGCAUGUCUGAGCCGGAGUGUGAGAAGCUGUACCGGCAGCUGGAUUACUGUGUGGACGAGGAGGCGGUGGCCACGCUGACCCUUGACGCCCGGCAGGUCUGCAGCGAUGCCCAGAACGCCCUGCUGCACUACCACAGCCUGCAGGAGUGCAAGUGCCAGCGCGGCUCACGCAGAGAGCCCACCUGCCUCAGAGUCUAUUGGACCGUUCGAUUCCCACAGGGGUAUGAUGACAUUGAGACGUCCCCGUAUGAAGACAUUGAACUAGAGCUCGUAAGAAAUUCGGAAACAUCAAAACUGGCUUCCAUCGUCGCAGUCUCAUCUUUACCUCUGGAUGGACAGAACCGGUGUCUGAAGGCGGCUCAGGACUGCGGUCUGUUUGAGAAGUGCGGGGCUCUGCGGUCCGAGUACGUUCUGGCGUGCACUAAGCGUGUGGCAGGCUCGGAGCGGUGUAACCGCCAGAAGUGUCACCGGGCGCUGCGUAGGUUUCUGGAACGUGUGCCAGAGGAAUACAGCUUCAGCCUGCUGUUCUGCUCCUGUAAUGACCCGCUGUGUGGUGAAAGGAGGAGGAAGACCAUCGUACCAUCCUGCUCCUACGAGGAGAGAGACACGCAGCCCAACUGCCUUCACCUGGAGACCUUCUGUCUACGAGAUGACCUCUGCAGGUCGAGACGGGCUGAUUUCCAGCAGAACUGCCAGCCCUCCCCUCACUCACCCUCAGGCUGUCUGCGCGAGAGCGGCGCUGUGUGCCUGAAGGCGUACGCUGGACUGAUCGGUACGAUCAUGACGCCGAACUACGUGAGUAACAGCAGUACGGAGGUGUCUCAGUGGUGUAACUGUGAAGGCAGCGGUAACAAGUGGCAGGAGUGCCUGCGUAUCCUCCACAUGUUCACCAGCAACGCCUGCCUGCGUAAUGCUAUUGAUAACAUGGGUAGCUCUAACCCUCGGCCUGUGGAGGGCACGCCCCUCCCCCCUCCUCGUCCCUCCCCUCACUUCCAACACGACGAGCUCCAUGUAAGCCUGCUGUCGGACCUCAACUCGGUGGAGGAGAGUGAGGAGGAGAAGCAGGAAGAAGAGGAGGAAGAAGAAGAAAUGGAAGCAGCAGAGGAGUUCAAUGUCAUCCCCCCGUUUCUGGACAAAGCCACGGUCACUAACCUGGGCGGCACAGAGACGGGCAGAGUUCAAAGCCGGGCCUGUAGCACUGCUGGCCCAAUGCUAAUGCUAAUGCUGCUAUUGCUGCUACUAACUACCCUCAGCUGGGGGUAGAAACCACACACACACACACACACACACACACACACACAUGCACACGCUCAUACACAUACAUAAACACACUGUCCUCAAAUAACCACUCACACCCAGACUAUAUAUAUAUAUAUAUAUAUAUAUACAUACAUAAGACUUUAUACCGAGGGAUGGAGAGAACGAAAGAAAGAAGAAAGAGUGGGAUGAGAUGAUGAGAUGAGAAGAAAAGAAACAGAGGAGGAGGACAAGAAAGCCCUCUCCAUCCGCCGUCCUUUCUUUCACUUUUAGUUGCUCCUCCUCGCGAAGAGAGCUGUGUAUAAUUGCUGCUCUGGAAUCGCUUUGUGAAUCUGAUUCGUUUGAACCGCGGGUCGCGUUUCGCGACUCCCGACUCAUGACUCAUUGGACUGAAUAGAACUGGACUGUAAUUGAGUGAAUCAGUGAAUCAGUAGUAUAAUGUAUCUAUUGUGUCAUUCAUCUCUGCUUCAAACGCGCUGCUGAUGUUGGCUAAGCGUCAGUCAAUUCGGCAGGAUUUGCUACAUUGCUUUCCUCAAAUGACAUAUCUAUGAGUGCACAGCUUUCUCUUUUUUCUUCCCCUUUUCGGACUUAUUUUGCAUUUCGCCGUUGCUGAAGCUUUUACGAGUGUGUGUAUAUGUGUGCGCGUGUGUGUGUGCAGGAUGUUUGCGCUUUGUCAACAUCAGAGGAAAA